GCCAUGGUUGCUUGUUAUCCAGGCAAUGGAACAGGUUAUGUACGUCAUGUUGAUAAUCCAAAUGGAGAUGGAAGAUGUGUGACAUGUAUAUAUUAUCUUAAUAAAGACUGGGAUGCCAAGGUAAGUGGAGGUAUACUUCGAAUUUUUCCAGAAGGCAAAGCCCAGUUUGCUGACAUUGAACCUAAAUUUGAUAGACUGCUGUUUUUCUGGUCUGACCGUCGCAACCCUCAUGAAGUACAACCAGCAUAUGCUACCAGGUACGCAAUAACUGUUUGGUAUUUUGAUGCAGAUGAGAGAGCGCGAGCUAAAGUAAAAUAUCUAACAGGUGAAAAAGGUGUGAGGGUUGAGCUCAAUAAACCUUCUGAUUCAGUCAGUAAAGACGUCCUAUAGAGCCUUUGAACCAGCAAUACCCCCCACUUCACCUACAAUAAUUGUUGAUGCUAUGUGUUAACUUGUGAAUACAAAUAAAUGGGAUAAAGAAAAAUAGACAGCCAGUUGACAUUUUAAUAAGGAAACAGAAACAACUUUUUGUGUGUUGCAUCAAACAGAAGAUUUUGACUGCUGUGACUUUGUACUGCAUGAUCGACUUCAAAUCUGAUUACUUAUGGGAAGAAGAUAAGCUAUCAACUGAAAAUGGUUUUUACAUCUGGACAUGAAAUAAGUGCCCUAUGUAGAAUUUUUUUCAUUCUUAUAUUUUGUCAGAUCUGUCAUCUAGCUGAGUUCAUUUCAUCUCUCCCUUUUUUUAUAUCAAGUUUGAAUUUGGGAUAAUUUUUCUAUGAUUAGGUACAGUUUAUCAAAACUGAAUUGAGAAAAGAAUUACAGUAUUGUUCCUCAAAAUAACAUCAAUCUAUUUUUGUAAGCCUCUUUGUACUAUUAAAUUUUGCCCUAAAAGACCUCUUAAUAAUGAUUAUUGCCAGUGACUGAUGAUUUUCUUUUUACUUGAAAUAAGAAGAGAAGCACUUGGAUUACAGCUGAAAAAUCAGAUUGUCUUGUAGUCCUUUCUUACACGAAUUUGAACUUUUAAAAAUCACUGCUGUCUUUCUUUUGGCAUUGUUAAUAAUGAAACCUAAUAGUAAAACAGUCAUCAUUUACUACCAAUAACAAUGUUUGGUUCAUGUUUUACAAGAGAAAAUACACAGUAAUGAGGGUUUAUCUUUUCAGCUAAAUUUUUUUUAAAAACUAAGGUGACUGGCACUAAAUGAACUUGGAGUUGUCCUCAGCUUCAAGUUCCUAAGAUAAAGGGCUUUCUUGAGCUUUCAGGUGCAUCCUAUAGAUUUAGAUAACAACGUCCCAUUCCUAAGACUCUUCCUUUUGCUUCUCCUCAGAUUGAAUGUACUUCCAAAUUUGCUGUUGUGUUUUCUUCCUGAAACUGUGUUCUGUCUGAUCUGCAGAUCAGAACUGUUUCUGUUGAUUAUCAAGGGGAGAUUUCAUAUGCAUUGAGACCUAAACAUACUGCUCUAGACUUUGUGUUAAGUGACUCCUCUGUUGCUGAGGCAUUCCCUAAAUGUGGUGCCAGCCUUCUUAUCACCACUGAAAGAUGUUUAGCUUGGAAAAGCAAAAAAAAGUGCAGAACCAGAUGUUUUUGGUUUUUUUUUUUUUUACUUUUUUAAACAAAGAGGGAAUAUUACAAAAUCACACUAGACCUCUCAGACUUGUGUUACUUAAAGAGUGAAUCAGGAUGGAUGUCUAAGAUUUCACUUUUCUAGGUUCUGUUUAACAAGGCCCAACAGUAGUAUCCAUAUGUUCCACGACAUAUGGUUGUAAGACCUUGUCUACUUGGUUUUUCUAUCUCUAUCCUUGAUCGUCUUUGCCAAAAUGUGGAUAUGCAGAACUUUUCUGUAUAUUUCAACUUGAGACAUUUUUAGCAUCUGUAUAGUUUGUAUUCAAUUAGAGACCUUUUCUAUGGAAAGCUCAGUAAUUUUUAUUAAAAGAUUGCUAUUGUUCAUGUAAAACAUGAAAAAAAUCGUUUAGUGAAACUGACAGUGUGGACUUAGGCUGAGAUCAGAUAUUCAGUAUUGGGAUCUCACUUAGGAGAACUUGGAGAACGUGAUGGUUUGUUGAUGUCCUUCCUUGCCCACGUUCAGUUUGGCUCCACUUCUUCCUCUCCUUCACGCCAGAUGAUAGCAAAACAUCUCCACAGUAAGUGCCUCUGCCAGCCCAGCCCGGGAGUGCAGGUUGUCUCUGCCAGCUGGUCUACAUUACGGUGCGCAGCGUUAGGCUACAAUGCAAAAACACUUCCAUUUUUAGGGGUAGGAGAAACUGUUUUGUGUUGAUGGGAGGUUUGUUUGGUUGUCAAAGGGUGUACAGCAGCACCUUUUAACUGGGGAGCCGGUGUCGUCAUUCAGGUGUGUACCUCUACAAUUGUACAAAGUAUCAGAUCGUACUCUCUGUGGGUUGUGCUUGCCAGACAGGUCUUAGAUUGUAUAUUUUUGGGAAAAUCUUAUAUACUUUCUUGGAAAUCAUGGUGAAAACAUCAAGAAAUCAGGAUAGCCAUCUCUUUAAUGUCCAUUUGAAAUCUACUCAUUUCAUGUUAGCGGGACUGUUACGUGUCACCAAGCAGGACUCGAUUUAAAACAAAAUUUGAAACUACUUGUGGCCUAUAUGUGUUUAAUCCUGGUUAAAAAUAAAGCUUUAUAAUGCUGUUUUUAUUCAACACCUAACCAGCUGUAAAACACAGACCUUUAUCAAUGGCAGGCAAAGAAUUUCAGGAUUCAUAUACAGAUAAAGUCAUGUUAUUUGAAAAGCAGUGUUUCAUUAUGGAAGAGCUCUCAAGUUGCUUGUAAAGCUAAUCUAAUUAAAAAGAUGUAUAAAUGUUCUUGAAAAAAU